GGAUUCUGAAGGAUUGCAUGAACAGAAAAGAGCUCGAUUAGAUAUCCCCUCAGAAGGACCGAAUUCAACUGGCCAAAAUUCAAGGACGAGUAACCAGAAUAUAACGAACACCUUACUGAACACAGACAGUUUAUUGUCUGGUAAUAUCUUUAGACCAAUAUUCACAAAAACAAACCAGGGAAAGAAAGAGUGGCAGAAUUCUGUGACACUUGACUUAAGGACCCACCUUGAAGAAAAAGUAGUAUCUGCCAUUUACCAAUUUUACAAAGAGAAGAAGGUUGAUAAGUUGAACAAUAUAAUACCAUAUGCAAAAACUGUUGAAAGGCAUGCUUUUGAAACCGCCAAUAGCAGGGAGGAGUAUUACCGUUUCCUGGCAGAGAAAAUUUACGAAAUUCAAACGGAGAAUAAACAGUUACCUGGACCGAAUACAAUUUUGAAGGGUAACCAGAUGGUAGACAGUUUAUUUACACCAAUAUUUACACAGACAAACCAGGGAACGAAACAGUGGUACAAGAGUAUUACUCUAGACUUAAGGACCCACAUUGUACAAAAAAUAGUAUCUGCCAUUCUUCCUGAACCAAGUGCAGCUGAGUUGGAGGAUAAAAGAAUGAAGAAAUUGAUAGCAUAUGCAAAACUAGUUGAGGGAGAUUGUUAUGAAACCGCAAAUGAUAAGGGGGAAUAUUACCAUUUCCUGGCAGAGCGAAUUUACAAGAUUCAAACGGAGUUGGAGUAUAAAAGAAAUGAGCGUCGGAAACUUCAAAAACAUCAGUUACCUGGUGAUACAACUGAUGCUUCAUACCACAAACCAGAAACCUCCGAUGAUGAAAUUUCAUCUCAAAGCAGUGCAGCGUCAGCUUCAAGAUCGUGAAGCAAAAAGAACGAGACUCGUAAAUACAAUAUUUUGGGGACCAUAUAUUAAUAAUGAACAUUCAGACAUACUUGAGAAAACUUUAGCUAUUUGUGUGCAACAAAUAAUCAUUGCAAUGUAUGCUGCCUGUGAUAUCCUAAAUGUUUAUUAGAAUCAAAUAGUAAUAAUGACAUUCUUCAUUCUUCAAAAAUGUAGUUUUAAAAGAUGGGACAUUUUUACAAUUGAACAAAUGGCACAAUAUAAAAACAAUGUUGAAUUAAGAAAAUUAUUUUUACCAUUUUUUUCUUAGGAAAGAUGACUAAAAUAUUUUUUCACCUGUAAAUGUAAACAGAAAUUAAUAACAAUUUUGUUAGGAUAUAGGAGAAACCAACACUAGUACAAAUUCAGAUGUAUCAGAAGCUGCUGAUGUACAUUGUACAUGUAUAAGUAGAUUUUUGAUACCUUGUAAUGUUAUUAUCAUUAAUUAUAUAUCUCUUCAAACCAACUGAUUAUUUUUUUCGCUUGCUUUCUCGUGUUUCUACAUCUACUUGAAUCUGCGCUAAAUCUUUUUAGUAUAGCUGGACAUUUUUAUCAGAGAUUUCGAACAUCAAUAAUGAAAUCUGACAAAUAUCCUUUUUAUUUUAAUUACCUUUUAAAAAGGAUAAACUUAUAGUAUAAAAUACUGCAACCUAAACAAAUGACUAUCAGAGCCGAUUGCAGACUUGACAAUGUCUCAUAUUUUUCCUAAAUAUUUUUAGUUAUGUAAUUAUGUUUCAAUUUUAGUGGUUUUCUAUAUAAAGGAGACAACAGAACUGAAGAUGGAAAUUGAAUUAUACUUGGAAUAAUGAUAGAGGUCAAGAAAUAUUUUAAACCAUUACUUAUCAGCAUUGGUUGCCAAACUGCCAAGCUGAUCCAUUUCCGUUAUUCAUUGGCUAUCCAUUUCUUCUUCUAUAUGCAAAUAGCGACGCACUUCUUUCUUUCGGGAUAUAAUUAUGAUAUUUGGUGAGAAUACACUAGUUAACUGAAAACGCUGGUUUAUAUAAUUGUAGGAAACAUGGGAACAUGUAUAUCAUAAUCUGAAUUUAUUAAUGUUUUAAAACAAUUUUUAUACGAAAGAUCGUUAAAGGAAGUUGCAACCUGUCAAAAGUUUGGAUAUAAGAACUGAAAAUGUAGUGAUAGCAACAACUUUAAAAUGUUACAAUUUUUAUUACUGCUUUCAGUACAUUUGCAUCGUAAUCUUUGUCCUCUGAAAUUGUGGUUGUUCAUGUUUUGAAGAAAGAAAUAUCAAUAAAAACGUAGGCAUUUGUAUUUUAGUUAGCGGGUUAAGAAAGCCUAACUCUUAUAUGUAUACAGGACUUACUUAAGAACUGUUUGUGUUCAGAAACUAUCUCAUGUUGUCUUUUUAUCAUACAUGAUAUAAACAACACGUUUAAAAUGAGUGUUAAGGCAGUCUUCGGCUUCAUACGCUUUUUAUUAGCGAAUAGAAGUAUUUGUUUCUGUUGUAUGUUGGAAAUGAUUUUAUAUGUAUUGUGUAAUUAUCAGUUUGAAAUACAUUGAUACUGUUAUUAUUAUAUAUUCUACUACGUUUGCAAUGUGCUUAACAUUAUCCUUUACAUAUAUUUAAUUAUCAUCUCGACUUAUUGAAUUGUACUCAAAUAAUUGUUCUUAUCCACCUUCUACUUAUCUUUUUAUAGUUUAAGAUGUGAUUGUUGAAGCUGAUUAAGUGAACAAAUAUGUAAUGAAAUAAUUAUGAUGUAAUUAGUAUACGUCUCAGUAUAUACGAUAUGUUUUAUUUAUUUUGAUCUUCAAAUAGAGGAAAGAUUAUAAUAAGUGGGCGACUGUUAGAACGUCUAGAGACUGGACUUGGCACUUGUUGGUCCUUUCUCAGACCGCUGUGCACAUAUUAAAAAUUUUGACCCAUUAAUUUUACUUUACAAAAUGUCAACUUUAAAGAGUGUUUUGUAUAUCAAAAUGUAAUAGAGCGAAUUGAGCUUGACAAUACCUUUAAGAUGAUAUAAUUCCCUUGAUGGGCUGCUUAAGUAAACGUUCGAAAUAUAUUUUUUAAAAGACUUCCUCUCAUGAACAGCUUAAUAGAUCUUCUUCAAAGUUGGUCCUGUAGAAUCAUUGUAAGAGCCUUUUUCAAUUUAAAUUAAAUGAGAGCACUUGGUACCUUUUAGCCCGCUAGAGCUAAAAAAUAAAUACAUUAAAACGACUUCUUCUCAUAAAACGCUUGCUGGAUCUUAAUCAAGCAUAUUAAGGUAGAGUCCUCUCUCAAUUUUGUGCGAAAAAGGGUCAUAGUGACCUUGAGACUGAAAACGAUUUUCUCUCAAGAGCCUAAAGAAUGCUAAGGCUUACAGCCGUCAAACUUCAUUGAAUGAUUUGACUGUUUUCAGUAGAUCACCUUCGUUGUUUUUCUUUGGUCAGAGGGCCUGGUCACAAUGAUAUUGAGACAUGAAUGGUUUCCGCUCAGUGACCUAAGAACUAUUCGGCCUACAAUCAUCAAACUUAAUAUCAACAAGAUGAUUGCCUGGUUAAAAGAUGACUUUAGCUAGCUGGCUUUAUCCAGGUGCCUGACCGUGCCUGAACAGUGCCCGAAGACGCAAACGCUGUGUUCCAUCAAAGACACCUUAGAUUGAAAUCAUGUCGGGGCGAAUUAAAACCAAUAAAACAAUCACAGUAACUGACUCGUUUUUCAAUUUAAGGCACUAUGAUUUCGCAAAGUUACCAUCAACAUCUUUUAAAGACUCACUUCUAGGAAAAUCUUUUUCGGGACUAUUUUCUAUUUUAAGGAAACUGUCAAUACAUUGUUACAAUUUGCUUCGCGGGAUAUAGAUCUUUUAUGUGAUAAUAAUAUAACUAAAUAGAACAGAACUGACCACCAUCUUAUUAUAUCAAGUUACAUAAACAACAUAUAUACACAUAUUUAUUACAUGUAUUAAAGAUUUAAUUUGAUGUGAUAUAAUUUUUCUAACGAACUUUAAGUUAAGUCACAGGUGAACAAAAAUACAUUUUUAUAUGAAAAUAUACCUAUACAAUCUUUGGAACUAUGUUGAGACUAGUGAAUAGGUGGAGAGAAUAUCCAGUUAUCCGAAUUAACAUUGAUCAAUAAUAAAAAUAGAUAUUUUUCACAGGCGGCACAUUCUGGGAAAAUUAUUCGAUAUUAAAAAAGUUGUUAAGGAUGACUGAACAUCACCAUAUUUGUGAUAUAUGAAUGAUAUAACAACAACAACAACAACAACAACAAAAACAAACGCUUUGCAUAUUUGCAAGACCUAAUACCUUUAAAACACAUUUAAGAAAGAAAGUGAAGUAUCACUUGCAUCUGAUUAACGCGUUUAUGCAAGUCUCACUGCUAGAAAGCAUUUAGACUUCAAACUAGUGGGGCUUCUUUUUAGAUUCUUGUACAUAGGGUCACCACCUCUACAUAGCUCAUUGACAAGUAAGAUAGAGGAAGCUAGAUUCUGGUGUGUACGAAAUAUUGUCUUCGUAUUCCUUAUAUUCGAAAUCGUAGCGUAGGGUAACAUAUUUUCUUCACACAAACAAGUAAUCCAUCAUCUAUUUGGCAUGAUAAAAUGCUCCUGGAAUAUACCAUUUAUGACGAUCAACUAUAUAUAAUAUAUUAGGUGUCAGUUUGAAUAGAUAAUUCACAUAACAAAACCAGUUCAAUACGAUUUUUGUCUGUGCAAUAUUCCAGAUAAAAUUGUUAUGUCUCAAACACGUAUCAUGUUGUCUAAUACAAAUACUUUAUCUUAAUUCCAUAUAAAUUUGCCAUAUGACCUAAAUUGUGUCGCCCCCCUCCCCUCCACCAA